AAAUUCGAUCAAAUUGAAAAAGAGAGAAAAUAAAAAAAGGCAAAACAAUGAAGUUGGCCGUGGUCUCAGCUGUCAUCCUAGUCGUGGUUUUUGUGGCAUGGCCGGUAUCAGCUGGAGGAUACGGACACGAGGAGGAGGAGGAUGAUACGAAGUCAUGGUUUCCUUUGGACAAUCUAUUAUCGCUGAAUUAUUAUGACAAGAGUUGCCCAAAUUUCGAAAAAAUCGUCGAUAACAAAGUGAGGCAAUGGACAAAGAGUGACCCUUCCCUUGGUCCUGCUCUCCUCCGACUUCUCUUCCACGAUUGCGGAGUCACGGGAUGUGAUGCGUCGGUUCUUCUAGACCACGAAGGAUCAGAGAGAAGAUCUCCGGCGAGCAAAACCCUAAGAGGCUUUGAGCUAAUCGAUGAUAUCAAGUCCGAGAUGGAGAAAUCCUGCCCCAAAUUAGUCUCAUGUGCUGACAUCCUAGCGGCAGCUACCCGCUCCGCCACCUACCAACUCGGCGGUCCUUACUGGCCCAACGCCUACGGACGUCGUGACUCCAAAAACUCUUACGCUAGAGACGUCGAGAAAGUUCCUUCAGGCCGCCGUGACAUCACUGGCCUUCUCGAGACAUUUCAGUCUUACGGACUCAACGUCCUCGACCUUGUCGUCCUUUCCGGGGCCCACACCAUCGGAAAAGCAUACUGUGGAACCAUCCAGUCGAGGCUUUACAACUUCAACGCAACACAUGGAACUGAUCCGUCCAUUGAUCCUAAAUUCGCAGAUUACUUGAGGCGCAAGUGUCGCUGGGCCUCAGAGACGGUUUACCUAGACGUGGAGACUCCUGUAGUAUUCGAUAAUCAGUAUUACAUCAAUCUUCAGAAGAAUAUGGGAGUCUUGACCACCGAUCAGGAGCUUGUGAAGGACCCGAGGACCGCUCCGCUUGUAAAGGCUUUCGCGGAGCAGCCGGCUCAGAUGUUCAGACAUCAGUUUGCUGUGUCGAUGGCUAAGCUGGUCAAUGUCGGUGUCAUCACUGCUGAAGAUCGUAUUGGAGAGAUCAGGAACGUUUGCAGCAAAUCUAACUCCAGACCUUACUGAUUGAAAAAUUGGUGAUGAGUUUAUAAAUGAAUAUUUCUUGAAAUGAUUUCUUGUUUGGUUUCAAUUGUAAUUUUGUUACUCGUUGGCUUAACAACAACAAAAAUGUGAAUCUU